AGAAUCACGUCUGGAUGCAGCUAAAUCAGGCCGUUUUCAGCAGGUAAAACUGUCGAUUGAAUUCGGCGCUGAUGUUGAUGAAAAAUCUUGGGAGAAAAAGACAGCGCUUCACUGUGCUACUGAACGUGGUUCAUUGGAGAUUGUCAAAUAUUUAGCUGAACAUGGUGGUGAUAUUAAUGCAAAAGAUGAGGAAGACAAGACAGCGCUUCACUAUGCUGCUGAACAUGGUUCAUUGGAAAUUGUCAAAUAUUUAGUUGAACAUGGUGGUGAUAUUAAUGCAAAAGAUGAUGAAGACAAGACAGCGCUUCACUAUGCUGCUGAACAUGGUUCAUUGGAAAUUGUCAAAUAUUUAGUUGAACAUGGUGGUGAUAUUAAUGCAAAAGAUGAGGAAGACAAGACAGCGCUUCACUAUGCUGCUGAACAUGGUUCAUUGGAAAUU